CGUGGAGGUCGCGUGGAGGAACCGGAAGUGACCUUUUUAGAGCUCUUGUUGCUGAGACAUUUUCGCGGCAAUCUGAACGUGAUGAAUUUACUGGAAUAUGACAGCUGAAUUUUUACAUUAAUAUAGAAGGACACAACAACAAUGGCAUCAGUCACUGCAGAGGACAUCAAAUCUGAACUCGACACUUUCAACAUAGCCUUCAACGAUGACACUGUGGAUAAAAUGUUGGAGCAGUGUUUGUGUCACAGGCUGAAGGGGGAUGAGAUCGUAUUUGAAUGGUUUGCUUUCAGCUCUGGUAAAGGUCAGCUGCUGCUCACUCUUGAUAACCUGGACCAGUUUGAACAUGAAAUACUGAACAAGAAGAAAAAGCCUAAAGGGUCAUCAAAGGGAAGCCAAUUUAACAAACGAGACAUCAAUUCUAUCCAGGAACUAAUCCGUGCAGAAGAGGAAGAGGAGAGCAUUCUGGAUUCCUAUUCAACACCUGCCAAAGGCUCUCAGAAACGAGCACUGACCACCCCAGAACAACCUCAGUCCAAGAGAGGUGUAGCCCGACUCACCAGUCCCAGUCUGUUGCUGUCACCUGCCAGCUUUUCACCAAGUGCAACUCCUUCUCAAAAAUAUGGCACGCGUGGUGGGCGAGGAGAGGUGGUUUCGUCAUUUGGGGUGGUGCAGGGUCCGCGCUGGACGGGUAAAGGACAAAGCUCUGUGAGGGUUGAGAUGCUGGAAGGAGGAGAGAAUUCACUCAUUAGCAGUUACAAAUACAUGUUCCAGAGAUUGAGAGACGUGCGGGACGUUCUGACUGAAAAGAUUGAGGACCUCGGAGAAGAACUCCGGAGACAUUUUAACGUCGAGGAAUUCUCUGCAGUUUCAUUACCUGUUCAGGAUAGCAUCACAGUGCUGGGCCAAGUAUGUUGUGACAGUAACGGGAAGCUCAACGCCCAGUCUGUGCUGCUGGAGGCUGGACAGGAACAGGGGGGCAGACAGGUGCCUGUGGAUCUGUCUGAGCUCAAAGAGUUCUCGCUUUUUCCUGGACAGGUUGUUGUCAUGGAAGGCAUGAACACCUCUGGAGAGAAGUUUGUUGCUACCAAAUUAUACGAGGGUAUUCCCCUGCCUUUUCACUGUCCUCCUGAAGUGAAACUAGAAAUGGAUGAAGUGUCUGAGCCUGUGAUGGUUAUGAUGGCUUGUGGACCGUACACCCCCUCUGAAAGUCUGACCUAUGACCCUCUGAUUGACCUCAUUAAUAUCAUCAAUAAAGAUCGGCCUGAAGUGUGCAUUCUGCUCGGGCCUUUUGUUGAUUCCAAACAUGAGCAGAUUGAGAAAAACCAGGUAACAGAAACAUUUGAAACCAUCUUCAAGAGAUGUCUGGAUAGCAUAGUGGAAGGAACCAAAGGGUCGGGAUGCAGGUUGGUGUUUGUGCCAUCUCUGAGGGAUGUCCAUCAUCAUUACAUUUAUCCUCAGCCACCCUUCAACCUGAGCAACCUCAGCAUAGAUGAUUCAGCGCGAGUGACCUUAGCUCCUGACCCCUGCACACUCCUCAUUAGUAAUGUGGCAUUUGGCCUGACCUCUACAGACAUUUUGUUUCAUAUGGGAGCUGAAGAGAUCAGCAGUGGCACGGGCACAGAACGGUUCUCACGGAUCAUGAAACACAUGCUGACCCAGAGGAGCUAUUAUCCUCUCUAUCCUCCUGCGGAGGAAGUUAACAUGGAUUAUGAUAAGUUUCAACAAUUUGGCCAAAUGAAACUCACACCUGAUAUUCUUAUCAUUCCUUCUGAACUUCGCUAUUUCAUCAAGGAUGUGAUUGGUUGUGUGUGUGUCAAUCCUGGCCGUCUCACUAAAGGACAGGUUGGUGGGACUUAUGGAAGGUUACUCAUUCAGCCAAACCCUGUGCUGGUGGAGGGGAAGAGAGCAAGACCUUGUAUUGCAGGACAGGUGGUGAAAAUAUUAUACAAUUGAUCCUUCCUACUGCUUGAACUUUAUUAAACAAUGUCUGUAUUUUUAUUAUGUCUGUAUUAAAACUUUUCACUUAAACUGGAAAAUAAAACAAAACUGGCUUGAAAAUAAAAUACUUUGUAAAAGGC